AUGUGUGAAAGAGGAGAACUUGAUCCUCAAGAAGCUUAUGAACAAUUUAAGAAGUUUGAGGAUGAGAUGGUAGCAGAAUACAUGAUGAUAAUGGAAAAGGAGGAGGUCCCACAGAUUGAUGAUCCUGCUGUGCAGGACAAGAAAAAGGAUUUGGAUGAUCCACCAGGUGAAGGUCCAAUUUUGCGGUGGCAAACUCGUGUAGUCUUUGCUCCUGGUGGUGAUGCUUGGCAUCCAAAAAACAGGAAAGUGAAACUGUCUGUUACUGUAAAGGAGCUAGGGCUUUCAAAAUACCAAUUUCGCCGCCUAAGAGAAUUGGUUGGAAAAUGUUAUCAUCCAGGGAGAGGUGAGCUUACAAUAACUAGUGAGAGGUAUGAACAUCGAGAAGAAAACAGAAAAGACUGCAUAAGGACACUUCUCUCUCAUUGA